CUGAGCCAGGUUGGUUCGUGUGCAGGCGCGGUCACGUGGGGGGACGCGUUUAUGGCUGGGCACGCGCGUCUGUUUGCUGUGUGCCGAAGGGAGCGUGUGUUGUAGUUAAAUACGCGUGCUAUGAACACAGCACGCCUUCGAGCCCCACCGCACCGUCACCACCAACGCCGAGGCAACGAUGCAGCAACCCUCGUCAUCGCUGACGACGGCGACAGCGACCGUCAUGCGAUCGUCCAAACCUGCCUUGUCGCGAACGUCGUCCAUGGCAAGCUUAUCGUCCGAUGAUGUGGGUCGUCGCACCCGGAAACGUUUCACAAGCGUCCAGCUUGUGAUGCUGGAACAACUAUACCAUCGCACCUCCCAUCCGAGUCGCGAGGAACGCGAAGCCGUCGCGCAGGCUGCAGGCAUGGAAAUGAAGUCUGUUACGAUCUGGUUCCAAAACAAGCGCCAGACCGAGCGCAAGGUCGCCCUCCACCAUACUGCUAACCCAUCUCAGACUGAGGUGCACCGACCAGCACAUGCCGAACGUGGGUCGACGUCAUCGCAUGCAUCGUCCUCCUGCUCUACCUCGUUACACUCCCCCCGGCUUUUCCACUCCCGGAAAACAUCUAUAUCCAGUCUCCACCAGAAGAACACCCCUCCUCGUUCCCGACCGUCCCUCGAUCGUGUAGCAACGCAAUCAGAGUCCCGACUCCCUCCACCUCGUACACCCACAAAACCACGUGAUCCAUUUGCGUCGCCAUGGGACAACAUGCCAUCUUCACCACUCGCGCCACCCGCAAGCCCACCAGUCCGUGACCUCGUUGAAUUCAUGGGCAACGGGCGCACCCUCGAGUGGGCAUGUGCAGUUGCGCGUAUUGCGGAAAAGGAAGGCCGUGCAGGGUUGUCCUCGAGACGCGUUGCUCACCGCAGGGCGAGUGAUGCCGUUGGGGACGAAACGGAAGAAGAAGAUAUUGAGGCUGUCACUCCUGAGGGCAGCCUUGGCUUCAACCACAUCGCAUGGAGUGAGACAAAGAACGAGGCUCCACUGCGUGUCACCCCACAAAACUUGACCCUCUGGGGUCAGGCAUCAGGAGAAGACAAGGGAAAUGCAGUGCAAGAUGACGACAUGAUGCGCGCUGCGCUUGCUCUAUGUGGUCUUGGGCGAAGACAGGCAUGACCUUGAGUUGGUGGGUUAUAUGUACAUACUGCCAAAGUAUCCUUCAUAUGCAUAUUGUAACCGCGACGCAUAUGCCAACCAAUGUUGUGCAUACCCGUAAUUACUGCUCAUCUUUUACGCGGACUGCUUUACAUGUUACAUGUACUUUCUUGUGUGCUAGUUCUAUGCUCGCCCAGCUCAAUAUACAUAGGUUUGGAGGAAACUGGCUUAACUGUAACAUCCCUGCG